AAUAACGAAACCCUAAUUCCCGUCUUCUUCCUCCUCCUCCCUUUCGCUCUCCCAUGGCUUCUUCUUUCCCCCCAUUCUCUUCCUCUUCCCCGCGUGCCAUGCGGGAGCGAGUUGUUGUACUCGCAAACCCUAGCGCGCAUACCCUAAAUAGCAAAUUACGUACUCGCCGAAGAGGAGAGAGGGUCUCUUUUGCUAUUAAUGGCGAUCCGGUUCUUUCGGAUCAUCUGUUCUAGGGUUUUAUUUUUGGAGGGGAGGGAGAAUGGUCGAGGGAGGCGAUCAUGAAUGCGGAGGUACAAUGUAGCUUUCUAGGGUUCGGCUCCUCUCUUCGAGGGAGAGGAGAUUAGGGUUUCGUCUUCCCACUUGCCCCCAUUUUUUAUCCCUUCGGCGCGAUGAGCUGCUUCGCUUGCGGCUCCCGCCUGAAGGAUCCUCCGCGGCGGAGCGGCCACAGCAUGCGCUCUCGAUCCCUAUCUGGCAUCGUCGAUUCCUUAGAGACCGAGAAGAGGGCUCUCUCUCCGGAUGGCGAGAGAAGCGGCGGCAGUGGAGCCUGUAGAUUCACCUUGCAGCAGCUUGCUGCUGCCACGCAGAACUUCCGGGAGGCGAAUUUGAUCGGAGAAGGGGGGUUUGGGAGGGUCUAUAAAGGGUUCUUGGAAUCAGGCCAGGUUGUGGCAAUCAAGCAGCUCAAUCGGGAGGGGGUGCAGGGGAGCCGGGAAUUUCUGGUUGAGUGUCUUAUGUUGAUAAUGCUGCACCAUCCGAAUCUCGUCACCUUGAUCGGAUACUGUGCCGAGGGCGAGGAGAGGCUCUUGGUUUAUGAGUACAUGUCACAGGGUAGCUUGGAAGGCCACUUAUUUGAUGUGCCUCCUAACAAAGAGCCACUCGAUUGGAACACUCGGAUAAAGAUUGCUCUUGGGGCCGCAAAAGGGCUCACCUAUCUGCACGACACGGUUAACCCGCCGGUUAUUUACCGCGACUUGAAGUCUUCAAAUAUUUUAUUAGAUGAUGACUUCAACCCCAAGCUCUCCGAUUUUGGGCUGGCCAAACUUGGGCCUGUCGGCGAUAACACUCAUGUUUUGACGAGGGUGAUGGGAACGUAUGGCUAUUGCGCUCCCGAUUAUGCUAUGAGCGGGAAGCUGAACGUGAAAUCUGAUGUAUACAGCUUUGGUGUGGUUCUGUUGGAGAUCAUCACUGGAAGGCAGGCUGUUGAUUUCUCCAAAGAAUUUGACGAGCAGAAGUUAAUAGAGUGGUCGCGCCCUUUCCUCAAUGAUCGUCGGAGGAUCAUUCAACUGGCCGACCCAUUACUGCAGGGGCGCUUCCCUCGCCGCGCCUUUUACAAGCUGGCUGUCAUUAUCUCACUGUGUCUCCAUGGGAAGCCCCAUCUGCGUCCCACAAUGCGUGAUGUGACGGCCGCGCUCGACCAUGUGGCAUCUCAACCCUACAUCUCCGACGCCAACCGUAAAAACUAUUGCUCCACCCCUCUGCCCUUAGCCCCCUAACAUCCCUAUAUGGUCCCACUGACGAAAAAAUGUUGUAAAUAAUAAGUAACUGACGAAAAAAUGUUGUAAAUAAUAAGUAAUAUGAUAUAUACUUUCCUGUCACACAAACUUAGAAUGUUUCAUCACAGGACUAAGUGUGUGUACUG